UACCUAGUAUCGAGCCAAUUCUUUCCCUCUCUUUGCUGCUUGCUCCAAAACCCCUUAUUAGGGUCACCGCUGUUUGGGUUAGGGUUAGGGUUUCUCCACACAUUCUUUAUCUACCAAUCUUCUUCCACUACUUUCCCUUCGUUCCCUCUCACUCUCUUCAUUUGUAAGCUUUUUGCGCUAGGGUUUUCUCUGCAAUCUCUUGUACUCGAAGUUCGUUCCUUCUUCCGGAUCUCAAUCUAUGGAUAUCCGCAAGAGGGGAAGACACGAAACCGGCUUCAGCUUAAAUGGAGGAUUCAAGAGAUCCAAGCAAGAAAUGGAGUCCUUAUCAACUGGUGUAGGAAGCAAAUCGAAGCCAUGUACCAAGUUUUUCAGCACUGCUGGUUGCCCAUUUGGUGAGGGCUGCCACUUCUUGCACUAUGUUCCCGGUGGUUAUAAUGCAGUUGCCCAUAUGAUGAAUUUAACACCUGCAGCACCUCCUCCACCAUCAAGAAAUGUUGCAGCUCUGCCUCAUGUACCUAAUGGGUCUGCACCAUCUGCCGUUAAGACCCGCAUAUGCAACAAGUUUAAUACUGCUGAAGGUUGCAAAUUUGGUGACAAAUGCCAUUUUGCUCAUGGUGAAUGGGAACUUGGCAAACACAUUGCUCCAUCAUUUGAUGAUCAUCAUGCCAUGGGACCCCCUGGAGCAGGUCGUCUUGCUGGUCGAAUGGAGCCUCCGGGUCCUGCCGCAAGUUUUGGUGCCAAUUCCACAGCGAAGAUCAGCGUAGAAGCUUCCCUGGCUGGAGCUAUCAUUGGGAAGGGUGGUGUGAACUCAAAACAGAUCUGCCGCCAAACUGGAGCCAAACUUUCAAUUCGAGAGCAUGAAUCUGACCCAAAUCUUAGAAACAUUGAACUUGAGGGAAGUUUUGAGCAAAUCAAGGAAGCAAGUAACAUGGUAAAGGAUUUACUUUUGACCCUGCAAAUGUCUGCACCACCUAAAACAACCCCGGGUGUUCCUGGUGCACCUGCCUCUCAUGGAAGCAAUUUUAAGACGAAGCUGUGUGAGAAUUUUGCAAAAGGGUCUUGCACGUUUGGAGAUAGAUGUCACUUUGCACAUGGAGCUUCUGAAUUGCGUAAAUCAGGAGUAUGAACUUUCUUAGUGAGGCACAUUAGCCAGGGUUAUUAUUAUUGUUGUGCAUUGCUACUUUAGCAGUACUGACAGUACUUUCGAUGUUAGUUUUGUUGUUGAGUUGUUUUAGGUCCCAAUUGGGAUGUUUGGGAUGAUUUUUUUUUUUCAGUUUUGAAAUUAUUAAAAACCAAACUUAGUUUAUGUUUUGAGCUGUCAUUUUCAAUUUAUUUUGGUUUUGAAA